CUGGCAUCUGGCCCCCAGGCGGAGCGGCGGGCGCCGGGCCCCCAGGAGGGGCGACAGGCGUCGGGCCCCCAGGCGGGGCGACAGGCGUCGGGCCCCCAGGCGGGGCGACAGGCGUCGGUCCCCCAGGCGGAGCGGCGGGCGCCAGACCCCCAGGUGGAGCGACAGGUCUCGGGCCCCCAGGCGGGGCGACAGGCAUCGGGCCCCCAGGGGGCGACAGGCAUCGGGCCCCCAGCGGGGCGACAGGCAUCGGGCCCCCAGGCGGGGCGACAGGCAUCGGGCCCCCAGGCGGGGGCAACAGGCAUCGGGCCCCCAGGCGGAGCGACAGGUCUCGGGCCCUCAGGCGGAGCGGCGGGCGCCAGACCCCCAGAUGGAGUGACAGGUCUCGGGCCCUCAGGCGGAGCGGCGGGCGCCGGGCCCCCAGGCGGAGCGACAGGUCUCGGGCCCCCAGGCGAAGCGACAGGUCUCGGGCCCUCA